UGGAGGGAGGGACUUCACGUGAUUGACAGCACAGAUGAGCCAAUCUGGUAAAGGCAUUGGAGCUGGGAAAUGUAGGCAGAAACCGGAAUAUCUCGUUCAAACGUGUAUUUUACUCGUCUAAUACCACCGCGUUUGACCUUCGAAAGACACAAAAGCCUAAAAGAGUUUGAAAAGGUGAUUAAUUUCAAUCAAAAACGCGAAAAAUGUGAUAACAUCUCUGCACUGGCUCAAAAUAAUACUCGAGCAAGUGCGACGAGGCUUUGUUUUGAACUACAACUCCCAGGAGAACCCGCUUUGUUUGUAAAGCUCCAGGAAGGCUGACAUUUUUGAAUGACGGCCACUCUCGUCCAAUUCCGCCGCUCGCUGCACCGCUCUCUUGCCAAAUAUGACCGAAGCGAGCCCCCCCUCUUGCCCACUGAUGCACUUGUUGCGCACGGACCUGAUGCGCCACUUGAGUCAUUGAAGAGCUGGCAGGACGCGCUGCAACAGGUGCAGGCACUGCACCAUCUGCUCAAAAAACAACAACAAUAAAAAAAGAAAAGAAAAUCUGCAAGGAAGAGACACAACUUUAGAUGCCAAUCUGUUGAUUAUUCAGCACGUAACCAUGAGGAUGCCAGUUCUGACAAGCCAUGACAACGCUAAUAAGUUUCAGGAGAACUGGUUGACAGUCUACCCGGAAGAUCAGGUCAUUGCUUCCGACCCGGCCCCGCUCGAUGACAGCCUCACCAGCCUCCACUGGCUCCAGAAUUUUUCCAUCGUCAGCGCGGACCCGGAGCGUCCCAGCGGGGCCACGGUGGAGGGCUGCCCGUCCUCCUCCUUCUCCCCAUCCUUCCAUCAGCACCUCUUUCUCAAACGCUUUCCCAGAGGGGGCACCGACUCCCCCUCCAGCCCUCCCGCAGGGGACACGGCCGCCACAGGGAUGCCUCUUUACCUCGGCAGCCCUGACUCAACUUUGACACCGCGCUUCUCCAAUUUCGCGCAUCUUGGCGGCACCUACCAGCCCAUCCCUAUCCAAGCCACCCCACCGGCGGAGGUCGACUACAAGAGCAACCCGAAAGUCAAACCGCCGUAUUCCUACGCCUCGCUCAUCUGCAUGGCCAUGCAGGCCAGCAAGCAGCCCAAAGUGACUUUAUCCACCAUCUACAACUGGAUCACGGAGAAUUUCUGCUACUACCGACACGCGGAGCCCAGCUGGCAGAACUCAAUCCGCCACAACCUGUCCCUCAACAAGUGUUUCAAGAAGGUCCCCAGACAGAAGGACGAGCCUGGUAAAGGAGGCUUCUGGCAGAUCGAUCCUCAGUAUGCCGACAUGUUUGUUAAUGGCAUCUUCAAACGCAGGAGGAUGUCUUCAAACAGCUAUAACAAUAAUAGUGGGGGUGCUCACAGACAGAACAAAUUGGUUCCAAGUAGCCACAGCACCCACAAUGGCUGCCCUUACCAAAGUGGCAAGGAUAUAGGCAGUAAAAGAAAGCAGCCGGCCACUAAGAACAACAGCAAGCCAGUAAGGGCGACCGAUUCUCCACUUUUGGGGACAGAGGCCUCAAAAGCAGACAUCCUGAAGGGGGAUUUUGACCUGACGUCCAUUUUUGAUGACGUCCUGAGCGAGAACUGUAGCACCUUUGAAGAUUUGGACAUCAACACGGCGCUGAAUUCGCUGGGCUGCGAGAUGGAGGUUACCAUUCAGGGGAGGCAGCAGUCAGGCGGGCUGGGGCAUUGGUGCGGGGCAGGGGACCUCGUGGGACCCAGCCAGCACCUGAACCAUUCGCAGUCAUCCUACGGCUAUCUGGACACGAGCGCCGCCUCAGCCGUCAACAUGGCGGAGCUGCACGUGCCGCCGCAGCAUCCGCAACAGCUGGACGGACAAGAUCAGCUCCUGCAGGGUCAAAAUCAGUUGCAGAAUUUCGAGGAGGCCUCCUCGCUGUUCCAGGAGCAGCCGGAGGAGGUGCUGUCUUGGGAGGAGCUCAAGGAGGAAGCACAGGCCAAUACACUGACUCUGGAUCAGAGCUUUGGCCUCUAUGAAGGCUUUUUUAUGGAUAUGCAACCAUGGGAACGGGUGGAGGCCUAUCUGUGAUUAUUGACUCCCUGUUCCAUUUACUGUAUAUCCAAUGAAAGCCUGAUUUCCAGUCCAAGGAUCAACAUUUUAUAGUCUUUUGAUUCAAACACAAUAACACCACACGUUAACUUUUACUGAGCUCCCUCAAACUUAAUGAAAUACGUGUUUAGCAGUCAUUUUGUUGUCUUUCCAACAGUGCUACAGUACAUGAGGCAGAUUUGAAACAUCUCUAAAUCCUUGAACAGAACUGAGGAACCAACUCAAAUGUUUAACAGAGACAGUGAAAGUUUAUCAAGAAGCUGCAUGGAAGAAUAUGAAGCGUGGGGUGUUCCAUCAAAAUUCCAAAAGCAUUCUCUACGACUGGGAACCGGGACUGAAAAGAAAUGAAGAAUUCUAUUUUGCUACAUUAGCAUUCAACUGGCGUGUUUUUUUUUUUUUUUUUGUGUGGAAACUAAUAGUUUAAAAUGCCAUCUCAAAUGUCUAUGCUGUGUGACGAUGACAGAUGCAGAUUACUUUUAAAGUACAUAGUCUGAAAUUAGCACUCCAGUCACCUAUGGGAGUUCUAUAUAUUAAUAUAUUCACCACAGUAUAUUACAUGAAGCAGGAACACAAACUGAUUGCCUUGUUUGUCAAACAUUAUGCACUUUGAUAGGCAGCAGUUUUAGAUAUUCAGGAUGUUACCGUUUAUUUUUCCUGGUAUUCAAUUGCUGUUAGGUGUACUGAUCACGAUGCAACUCUAGGGCCUGAUUUACUGAGAUCCAAAAUAACAGGAGCAAAUUAUGCGUUCACUCAAACAAACUGCAUGUACUGUUGGCAACAGAUCUGGAAUUGGUCAACCCAUCUUGUCCUGCACUUUAGGCAGUGCUUAUGGGUUUGACCAUAGAAAAAUGGGAAAAUGUGGGCAUUUCAAAGAUGAAAUUUGAAGUGAUGGAACUACCCGAAGAUAGCUGAGAUAGGCUCCAGCUCUCUUGUGAGGAUAAGUGGGUCAGAAAAUGGAUGGAUAGAUGGAUGUAAUUGGAAGUGCUAGUGGAAGGAGCAAACAUGUUAUCUGAAAACGCUAUCAAAUGAGUUAACGCAUCCCAAGUGUGCGGUAAUCGGAUGUAAAGGUAUGAAAAACUACUUUGAGAGAAGCCACCACCAUUUAUCAUUCUGCACUGAAAUGAACCUGUGGCAUGACUCCUUCUUGUAACUAACCCUUUGAUCACGUAGAAGUUACAAAAUUCCACUGCUACAUAGACAAAGUGGUGCAAUGGUUUUUUUAGCGAUUUAAAAAUGUUUACACCACAGGAAAAAUGAUCCAACAGCCUCUCAUUUUGCUACGCUGGCACCAACUUGUGUGCUGUUUCCAUCUGCCUUUCAGUUAAAGUAAAAAUUAGCUCAUAAAUUAAUCUCUGGUGUGAUAAAUUACCUUUGAUACCCUACAAAAUGAACCGGGCAGCAAUUUAGCGUGCUUACCUGACACAAACCCGGGUGCUGCGGUUUAGUUCAUAAUUUUCCACGUGUAUUUGGAUGUGCAAAAAUUGAGCAUGUUUGUGUCCAUAUUUGCAUGCCCAAACCUAAAGUAAAUCAGGCUCUAUUUGUCUUUAAACUGCAAUAAUUUAUCUGGCUAAAAAAAUGCUUAAAUUGUAUAUACAUGUUUUCUAAACCUUACUUACAUAUUGUAUACUUUGCAUUUUCAUAUUUGAUCACAUUUCGCCAAAUUCUUUUGAUAAAAAAAAUAUGCAGGUCAUUGGUCUUUGUUGAUUCCUGGUUCUUGUCACUGGGUGAUAUCUAUUUCCAUCUUUUUAUUUUUCUUGGUUCUUGUCACUGGGUGAUAUCUAUUUCCAUCUUUUUAUUUUUCUCAAAAUUGGUUUUCUUUUUCUGAAGUCUUAAUCGUGUAAUUUUGAAACAUUUAUGACUAAUAAUGUUCUCUUGAGAUCCAACGCAGUAGUUAUGUAACCUUGGAAAGGCCAGUUCGAAUUGAUGUAUUGUAUGGAUUGAUUGUUUUACGCUUUAAUCUUACAAUAUUUUCUUUGUACUUUUUUAAUGAGCUGUUUGAACAUGCAACCAUGCCUUGAUGAAGUACAUGGUGUCAAUUAAAGAAAGAAAAACACAA